AUGCUCGAUAUCAAGCCUCCCACUCAGCCCGCGCUCGUCGAUACCGAGUCCGAAACCUCUAAGAAUGCUUCGAAAGAGUCCUCCCCUCACGCCAUGACGCGCCCUUCGUCUACCCCUCCUCGCACCUUUGCCCCCGAUGCUUCCCUUGUUUUGGUUGGCAUUCGCGGAUGUGGCAAGCGCUCACUAGGCUUCGUUGCCGCCACUGCAUUGAAGCGACGCUUUGUCACCGAAGACCACUACUUCAGAGAAAUUACAGGCGUCACACGACAGGAAUACCUCAAGCGCAAUGGCAGCCAAGAGUUUCAGCGCCGAGACAUUGAAGUACUGAAAAUGAUGCUGGAUAAUCACCGGACGGGCUGCGUCAUGGAGUGUGGACUGGCCAGUUUGACGCGACCUGUGCAGGAUCAUCUACGUCGGUAUGCCCAGACCAACCCGGUGGUCCAUUUGCUGCGCGACAUCGAUCGCAUCCAGCAAUUGCUUGGCUUGGAGGACCAGGCGGUGCGGUUAUUCCGGGAGGGGGACCCUAUGCAUCGAACAUGUUCGAAUUUUGAAUUCUUUAAUCUUGAAGAUCGGACACGCGCGGGGGACGAUGGGUCCCCAGAUCGUCGGUCUGCCGAUUGUUCGUUCAAGUUGCAAGACGUGAAGGAGGACUUCACGCGGUUUGUGCAGUUCAUUACUGGACUUGAUGUGAACUACUCAAACUACGACUCCCCAUUUGUUCUCCUGGAGACACCGCCAGAGCUUCGCUCUUUCACCCAUGCCAUUCUCGUGCGCUCUUCGGACCUGAUCGCCGACAAUGUAGUCUUGGCUGAACUGGAGUCUGGCGGGGAUGCUAUCGAGCUCUGUGUCGAUCGAUGGAACUCAGACAUGGCAGCCACUGUCAGCAAACAGGUCUCUGUCUUGCGUCGAAAUGCGCGGACGCCUGUAAUACUCUCCGUGGAUAGAUCCUUCAGCGCGGUCGAUCCCGAUCGAACUGCCACAUCUUCUUCCCGAGUGUACUUUGAUAUUCUCGAGCACGGUUUACGUCUGGGGGUGGAGUACCUUGUCAUAGACAUGAACCAAGACCGAGCCCGGCUGGCUGGGAUCAUUGAAGGUCGGGGGAAUACCAAAAUCAUCGCCCAGCAGACGUUCGAACCGUCUUCCCCUAUCACUUGGGAUAGUCCAGACUGCAUCGCCAUUUAUCAGGAGGCGGAAAAACUCGGCUGUCAGUUGGUCCGUCUUCUACGAGUCGCAACAAUGCGCGAGGAAAAUGCAGCCGUGAUGGAGUUCUCCAACAAAAUCCGAUCAAUGCCGGGGAAUCAUCCACCGCUCAUUGCUUAUAAUGUUGGUGCCCUGGGUCGCACUUCACAGGUCUUCAACACGAUUCUCACCACGGUAACACAUCCAGCCAUCACCGCGUCCGCGGAGAACCAACACGGCCCGCAAAUAACCUCACGCGACGCCGUUCGCGCUCUCUUCCAGAGCUACGUGCUUGAUCCACUUAAAUUCUACAUCAUUGGAGAGAACGUCGCCUACAGUUUAUCUCCGGCAAUGCACAAUGCUGCAUUUGAGCAUUGCGGCAUGGGACACACCUACAGCAUCCCAGACGUACCGUCUCUCGCAGUGUUGGACCGGCUGGGCCGGGAUCCGCACUUCGGAGGAUCGAGUGUCGUGCAGCCAUGGCGUGUGGAGGUCUACCAAAAACUAGCUUCGAAAAGCCGACACGCAGAAGCCAUUGGGGCGAUCAACACGAUCAUGCCGCUACGCGGGGACGCGGAGGGACAAAUGUAUUCUCUGCAAGAACAAGCCAGCCGGCGCAACCAAGCCGGGCGCGUCUUGGGUUGGUACGGUGAGAACACCGACUGGGUAGGGAUAAUGACGUGUAUCCGGCGACAUCUCUCCCCACGCAACGCCAUCAGCGCCAAGACCACCGGCCUGGUGAUUGGAGCCGGUGGUAUGGCGCGGGCCGCCAUCUACGCCAUGCUCCGACUUGGCUGUCGCAGAAUCUUCAUCUACAACCGCACGCAGACGCGUGCCGAGGAGGUCGCGCGUCAUUUCAAUUCCUGGGCUUCGUCUCAAGUGGACUGGGUUGAAGUGGUGCAUGUCUUGGGGUCGCUCCAGGAAGACUGGCCCGCAGAUGCCGCUCAGCCCAGUCUCGUUGCAUCUUGUGUGCCAGCUGACCCGGACCGAGAUAAACCCCCCGCAAACUUCGAAAUGCCAGAGCAAUGGCUUGGGAGUCUAACGGGGGGUGUGAUACUCGAGCUGGCCUAUAAACCGCUUGAUACACCACUUCUACGACAAAUGCGCCGAGUGCGCAGCGAGACUGGACGACCUUGGGUGCUGUCUGACGGCCUGGAGAAUGUAACUGAACAGGGAAUCGCCCAGUUCGAGUUGAUGACAGGUCGCAAAGCACCUCGACGGCUCAUGACCUAUGAGGUUCUACGCAAUUAUGUGGGUGACAAUGGGCGGCGGUUUGACGAGAAAACGAUACAAGCUCGUCUGGAUGGUGUGGGUCUCCAGAAACUAGAGAAGAGUAACAGAUAG